GUCCUCCUCCUCCGUUCUCCUCCUCCGUUCUCCUCCUCCGCCACGAUGGGAAAAGGCGGUGCGCUUAGCGAUGGAGUCAUCAAGAAGAUCCUCCUCUCCUACACCUACGUCGCGAUCUGGAUCUUCCUCAGCUUCACCGUCAUCGUCUACAACAAAUACAUCCUCGACAAGAAGAUGUACAAUUGGCCUUUUCCGAUCACACUCACCAUGAUCCACAUGGCUUUUUGCUCUUCCCUCGCCGUCAUCCUCAUCAAAGUCUUCAAAAUCGUUGAGCCUGUUUCAAUGUCACGAGAGACUUACAUCAGAUCUGUAGUCCCGAUCGGUGCUUUGUACUCGCUCUCUCUCUGGCUCUCCAAUUCCGCUUACAUUUACCUCUCCGUCUCCUUCAUUCAGAUGCUUAAAGCCCUAAUGCCUGUCGCUGUUUACUCAAUCGGAGUCCUUCUUAAGAAAGAAUCUUUCAAAUCGGAGACGAUGACUAACAUGCUCUCGAUCUCUUUCGGUGUCGCGAUUGCUGCUUACGGUGAGGCUAAAUUCGAUACCUGGGGAGUGAUGCUUCAGCUUGGUGCCGUAGCUUUUGAGGCAACGAGGUUGGUUUUGAUUCAGAUCUUGCUCACUUCUAAAGGAAUCAAUCUUAAUCCAAUCACUUCCUUGUACUACGUUGCUCCUUGUUGUUUGGUGUUCCUGUUUUUCCCUUGGAUCUUUGUUGAACUCCCGAUUCUUAAGGAAUCAUCGAGUUUCCACUUCGAUUUCGUGAUUUUCGGGACUAAUUCCGUAUGUGCAUUUGCUUUGAACCUCGCUGUGUUCCUUCUCGUUGGAAAAACCUCGGCUUUAACAAUGAAUGUUGCUGGUGUGGUUAAGGAUUGGCUUUUGAUUGCCUUCUCUUGGUCUGUGAUUAAAGAUACGGUUACUCCGCUUAAUCUCUUCGGUUACGGGCUUGCGUUCUUGGGUGUUGCCUAUUACAAUCACUGCAAGUUGCAGGCUUUGAAGGCUAAAGAUGCUCAGAAGAAGGUUCAGCAAUCUGAUGAAGAAGCUGCUGGGAAGCUUUUGGAAGAGAGGGAAAGUGAAGCUGCUGCGAAACGGGAUGAAACCGAAGACUGAUUGAUUGAUGAAUGGUGAUCAUAGGAAAAGGGUUGUGAAUCUGAUGGAUGUGUGGAAUUCAGAGGAAUAAGAUUUGAAGGGUUAGGAUGAUUUUGGCAGCUUUGGAGGGAAAUCUUCAGCAGGAUUUUGCGCAUCAUCGUCGGUUCACUGCUUUGCUUAGGUAUGAUCGUCUUCGUCUAGUCAAUCUCUGGUUUUAAGUUUUAGUUGCUAUCCAUUACUUUUAAGUUAUGGCUUAUUAUAUUUACAUAGUGGAUUUGAUGGUACAAGGAUUUUAGAAGUUGUUAUGUCUUGUGAUGCUUUACAAUGUACCCACACGAAUCUUGUGUUCUAUGGAGUUUUCUUUGUUUCUUAUAAAUCUAUUUCGGUUUACUUUAUAAUGCCAUUGAGAUCCUGUUUGGUUCGUAGUUAUUAUCAAGAUAAAGAUGUUAAAUGCUU